AUGUGCCCAAACGCUAUAUACUCUAAUAUCGAACAAUCAUCCUCCUCCUUCAAUCCAUAUGAGGACUAUAGCUACUCCACAGAGAUUGAAUGCAACUACUGCAUCCCUACUCCUGAUUUCUUCGUCACAGUUUGUGGCGCCCAAGUUCCACCACCUAUUGAUCUUUCCGCUGGAAAGUUCACAUAUACACUUAAGAAUGGAAAAACUCUUGAGUUGGAUCAUCCAUUACCACCAGGCUUCCCAAUCGAUCUAAUCGGCCAAGAAGAAGAACCAAGCCAAGACAAUGCACAGAUUGAUAGCAGUGAGGGCAUUUCAUCCUUCUCUGAAGUCUUAAUGUAUGGUGCUAUAUGCGUUUGCCCUAUUGCUGGCUUAAUUUUAUAUGCCUACCACCAUAAGAAGCAUCCAAAAUUAGCUCAGAAACUCCGUUACAUGACAUUUACUUCCUUUGUUACAAUGGGAACCAUCCUUCUCUUAAUCUUGUAA